AAGAGCACAGCAGUAGUCCCAGGUGACAGCGGGAGCAGCAGGUCGGUAGUCCUAUAUACACUAAGGUGUGCGAACUGGGAGAGAUGGUCACACUGACUGAAUGCGGUCAGGUUUGGUCAGCAAUAUAGUCUAACGAUAUGUCGGAGGAACAGCGGCCCGAGCUACCGUCGCAUCAGUUGUGGUAUAAGGAUGACAUGGUACAGUAGUACUUGUGAAUAUCAUGGUGCCCUUCAUAAACCAGGUGGAGAACAUGAAGUGUAGGGACGACGACGUGUUUGUGUGCAGCUGGCCGAAAUGUGGAACGACGUGGGUGCAGACGAUAGUCAUGUACGUCAUGAACGACGCCAAUCUCGACAAGUUCGGCGACAAGACGAUCGAAGACAUAUUUCCGAUGCUGGAACAGAUCGACAUCAGCGGAGGAGCUGACCAACCGGUACUCGACAUCAGCGCCAUGCCCUCGCCGCGGCUGAUGAAGACUCACAUCCCGUUCAGGUAUCUGUGCGAAGACAUCCGGGAGAGACGCAAAAAACAAAAGAUCGUCUACGUUACUAGGAAUCCGAAAGAUGCGAUCGUAUCGUUCUAUCACUUCGACCCAAAAGGCUUUUCGAUACCUGGCGUCACCGAUCCCGAAUAUUGCAAAUGGACCUUCUCGCAAUAUCUCAACUGUUUCUUCCAUGACGCCACUCCCUACGGCUCCUACUGGGACCACAACCUGGAAUUCUGGGAGCGAAAAGACUGGGAUAAUAUUCUCUUCUUGAAAUACGAAGAUAUGCUUAAAAUAAGUAACGUUUCUGAGGGAUUGUCUGCUAAGUAAAACACCGAGGUAAAUGAGACACCGUUAAACGAGG